GGAGCAUUCUCGCUGGCAGCCUGGGCCACAAGCAGUUGCAGACGCGGCCGAGCAAAGUCAGCCACUUGGAAAGAGAUCGCUGCAGAGCUCUGCUUCGCGGCGCUGCUCCGCGGCGGCGGAGGGAGGCUGCAGGAGAGCCCGCGCGGAGGCGGCAGACUGCGGCGCUCACACUCACGCGGCCCGGGAGCCACGCGAGUCCCACGCCCGCACGCGCCAGCCGCGGCUUGCGCCUUUUCGGUGCCUCAGGGCUCCCAGCCUCUCCCGCUUCCCGCCGGCUCGUCAGGGCCGCGGCGGCCCGAGGAGCAGUAUGAAUCUGCGGCUCUGCGUGCAGGCGCUGCUGCUGCUGCUCUGGCUCUCCUUGCUCGCGGUGUGUGGAGUGCCUGUGAUGCAGUCUCCUGAUGAGAAGGGGCUGGAGGAAGGCAAUGUUCGCUACCUGGUGCAGCCCAGGGCUUCAAGGAAUGGACCCUGGCAGGGAGGCCGGAGGAAAUUUCGCCGCCAGAGGCCCCGCCUCUCCCACAAGGGCCCCAUGCCUUUCUGAAGCAGGACUGAAGGGGCCCCUAGGUGCCCAUCCCCUGCGGUUCUCUCUACUCCACAGUUUGGUCUACUUCCCUGGAGCCCUCACAUCCAUUCAGCUGCCGUCUUGCACCUGUUCUAGCUGCUGAUGGUCCCGGCUCUUCUCACCCACCAGCUUCCUCUAAUGGCGUGGUCCUGCCCCUCAUUCAGAUGAUUCCAUUUCUCUCAUAAGGAUCCAUUUAACCCAACUUUCUGGCCCCUCCCUGGACUGACUCUGGAUACCCAGCUUCUACCUGGCCUGCUGCAUACCCUAGUCCCUAUUUUACCCAUCUAUGGUCCCCACCAUUCAGUUAGCCUUUCCCUCCUCAAUCCUGCCCUGGAAUCUGGAUGGAAACACUCUCUUCUUCAGUGGGCUCCUUUCAGAUCCAUAUUUUCUUGUCAGUUGGACCCUUCUCUCUGCCACCAGAGAGGAAUACAAAGAUGUACAAUGAGAUAGUUAGAGGGGCUGGGUGUUGGGAUCCAGAGAGGGUACAUUGGGGGCACCAAAAUGGGGAGGAAUGGUCUUCUGGUGAAGUGGGGUGAGGCACUGGAGAAGAAGACCAAUAGCCUCUGUGACCUGUUCCUCAUCCCUGUGUUGGGCUUCGUUCAAGAAGAAAAGAAGAAGAGGGGCCCCUGAAGUACUUUGUUACUUCUCUCACCUUAUUCUGUCUCCUAAAACAUUCUUUCUCUCUAUCCCCCACAACUAGUUCAAAUUCUGGGUCACAAGAGGAGGGUGCUGGGCCUGAUGUGGCCCUAUACCCUCCCAAGGGUAAAUGCCAAGUAGGAGGGUUGUUUUUGCCAAGAAUCCCAGAAUAUCAGAACUGAAAGGACCCUUGGAGAUCACUUAGCUCAGCCGCUUUAUGCCAAAGCCUGUGAAAACAGAGUCCUGGAGAGGGGAGUGAUCUGCUCAGGGUUACUGCUGAGUCAGAAUGGGGACCAGGUCUCCAGAUUCCCACUUUAUGAUAUCCUCUUCCCUCUUGAUGAUGCCUAACAAAUGAAGUGCCUUUUGCUGGGGUUAGGGCUGGGAGUGUCUGGGAAGGGAAGGGAGAGGUAAGCUGGCUGUGAACUGCCCUGUUGUGGGGACGGAGCUGCUCCUACCUCCCUUGCCUUCCCCUGCUGCUCCAUUCCCAACCUGGAAGGUUCCAGAACUGGCCAGCUGCCCCUCUUCUGGCAGUACUCCCAUGCCUCAGGAACUUUAACAGGGGAGCUCAGGCACUGGGAUUACUGUUCAGACCCCACACUGUCCAUUGCCAGAAGUAGUCUUAAAUCAUUGAACCCAUUGGCCUCCCCUUCGUGUUGACUGGACCCUCUUUCCUAGUGGACUUCCUUGGGGAGCAGAGGGCAAAGAAUGGCAAAGAAAGGGAAGGAGAAGAAGGAGAGAUGGGAAGAUGUACAGAUAGGGUUGCACCUCUUUCGCCAGGGCCUGUCUUCCAUGAGGGGCCUUCUCAGCCCUUCCCUCUUGGGGACCCUCUUGCUUUUUUGCCUGUGCAGAUUUCCUUCCCAGAAGCCUCUAAGGAGGGAGAAAAGGGAAGACAGAAGCUUGAUGCCCACCUACAUAUACAUAGGGUAGGGGGAGUCAGGGCCCCCCAGGUCCCACAAUAACGCCAAUGCCUGCCUGUCCACCCCCCCUCAAGUCUUUCCCUCUGCUGCUGCUAAUGCUGCUGCUGCUGCUGCUGCUGCCAUAGCCUCAAAGCCCACCCUGGGGAGCCAAGCUGGACACUGUCUCCCCACCCCACCAGACUUGGAGUUGGGGCUGACCAGUGUCCAGAAAGUCUCUUCUGCUACUCGUCCCCCUAGUAGGGACCUUGCCUUUUUAUUCCUCCUUUCUGCAUCUCCUGCCUCAUCAGCCUGUCAUAACCUACAGCCAACCCAGCCCCAUGGGGAAGGGAAGAGGAGAGGGAUGGUGGCUGAGACAGAUAGGAGAUACAGGGCAGAGGAGGGUAGUGGGUGGGCUAAGGGGGCUGUCUUAUUUAAAGUGGUUGUGUAUGAUUCUUAUACUAAUUUAUACAAAGAUAUUAAGACUUUUCAUUAAGAAAUUGUCCCCUUCCUGUAAUUGUGUUUGCUGUGUUUGUAAAGAUUGUUCUGUGUAAAUAUGUCUUUAUAAUAAAGAGUUAAAAGCUGACAGUUUGCCCUUACUCUUGGAGGUCAUGUUCAGAAGGGGCAUUUCCCCUGUGCAGGGCCAUGGUUGUCCCUGUGCCCACAGAUUGCGCAUGCAGGGAGGUAAGUGCUUGCAUCCCAAAUCGGUUCUAGGUCAAGUGGCCUGAAACCAACUUGCCACAAGCUCACAAAAGGAAUCUAUGCAUAAUGACCAGCUCACACAAAAUUCAGCCCACUCUUUAGUCUUUGGCAUCUGUUUGAAUGUCCUAAUUUUUUCUGGCAGUGACAUUUAAAGGAUUUUUUUUAACAGCAAUUUACUUAACAUGCUGAUUGAAAGUGGGAUUUCUACUAAAAGUUGUAUUGGUGGGUGUCUUCUACUUUAUCUACUCUUGAACACUUUCGGGACUUUUUAGCCAGUUUGCCUUUCUCAAAAAAUGGUAUGUUUUCAGCAAAAAAUACAUUUGGUAAGACUUUGUAUGUAUCAAUUUUAUGUUUCACAAAGUGGAGUUGUAAGAUGAAUGAGAU